AUGCCUCACCACCACCCAGGAACCUGGGCCAGCAAGAGCGAACUCGACCCCACCAACCUCCCUUGGGCAGUCACAGCUCAUCUCCUCGCCAUCAACAAUGACCAACUGCACCGCGUUACCAACCACCCCUUCCUCGAGCGUGCCGCAAAGGGUACCCUACCAAAACCUUUGAUCGCUCAGUGGCUUGCAAACGAUAGACAAUACCUUCAAGGUUACCUCUCUACUAUUAAGCACACCCUGAACCUUGUUCGCAGUACACACAAAUCAACAACUGCGCCUGGUGACGAGCCAGACAUUCCAACACGAUUUAUCGCGUGGUUAGAGUCUGCCAUCAAGAACGGAGAGAGGGAGUUACGAUUCUUCCAAGAAGUUGCUGAAAUCUACAAAAUCGACCUCCCAGCUACACCACUUCAAGAGAACGUAAAGUCAGAAGGCCUUCGUCGCUACGAAGCGCUGUUCGCCAGUGUCGCUUCUCAACAACCAAACACAUUCAUACCUUGGCUCGAAGGUGCCAUCUUGCUAUGGUCAACCGAGAAGGUAUACUACGAGGCCUGGUCCUGGGCUCGCAGACAAGACGCUCAGUCUUCUCCUCGAAACUACGACAACGACCAGGAUGGCGGUGCGAUGCGAAGAGAAUUCAUUCCCAACUGGUCAAACCGCGACUUCCUCAUGUUCGUCGAGCAGCUUGAGCGCAUCGUCAAUGAAGGAGUAAGCGACGCCGUUGAUCGAGAUGAUGGAAAAUGGGCAGAGGUCAAGGCUAGGGUUGACCCUAUUUGGAGAGCGCUGCUCGAUGCUGAGGAGGCGUUCUGGCCGGAUGUACCCAGCAGCCACGGCAGUCUGAUUGAACCUGGUGUUCAACGGGGUGUCGAUGGCAAGAUGGAUGGAACCACUCUUCGUAGUACUGGAGACAACGAAAUACUGAACCACAAUCAGGGGGUCCGCAGUGGGGACAUUAGCACUUUACGUAGUAACGAGUAUGGUCAAGUAGUGAACUAG